AUGGAACAGCAUUUUCAAAAGUACAACAAUUAUUUUCAAAACUACCGGAGUGACUAGUGGAUCCCUUUCUUUUUCAUCCCUCCCAAUUUCACAAUAACUGGACCAAGGUAUUCGAUAAAGAUAAUCAUGGGUAUACCAUAUUUGACACGACAUUUACUCCCAUUUGCCGAACCAGUGACACUACAAGAAAGGCAAGAGGAGGGAAUUACACAUAUACAGUCUGUUGUAAUCGAUGGCCCGGGUUUGGUCUACCAUGUGUUUAUGCGACUGCUAUCCUGGAAUGAUCCUAGGAUGGAUCUAUUCGAAGCGCAGCCAACGUGUCAUGAAGUGAGUCUUGGGGUUAUGAUGUAUCUUCUAGAGUUAACACUUCUUGGUGUAAAAAUAAACAAAAUAUACUUCGACGGGGCUUUGCCUGUUUUAAAGAGGGAGACACGACUUCAACGGCUGGAAAAAUCAAGGAGAAGGCUCGAAUUGUUUCGCUUCAAAACACAACAGGGGUUUCCCGCAUUUGAAGGCACAACGAAAACCCGCGCGAUCGACCCUCAAAAGGUCCUGCAGAGCCGGAACUUGUAUUCUAAAUACAAUGAUCUUCCCGAUAAUCCCUUUAUGGUCUCCGCUGUGUUUGAAGACUUAAAAAAUCGAUGGAACAAAGAAAGUAUCAUGAAGGCAACCCAAGGUGCUCUUCAUUUACCGUCUAUUGACCUUGACGAAUUUCCCUGGGCUGGAAUUACUAUUAUGGUACCUGGUGAAGCCGAUGUUGAGUGUGCUUAUACAGCAAAGCUCACAGGCUGUGCUGUGCUGACAAACGACUCGGACCUUCUCCUCUACGACCUUGGAACUCAUGGCUCCGUGUUGUUUCUGAACUCAGUUGAGAUGAUUCAGUGGGAUAUUCUCCAUCCAGAAAAGUCGCGACUCAACGCCGUGAGAUUGUGUCCUACCUCACUCGCCUCUCGACUGGGAGUUGCAAAUCUCCAGCAGUUUGCCUAUGAAUUGAAGAACCACACACGUCUAGGUUUCUCAGAGCUAAUAGAACGGUCAAAAAAUACAUGCCAGACAUUCGAAUCUAGAACCGAUUAUUGUCUAUUUGCCGAGGAGUACGAGUACAGCCCCAGUUGCCACUUGAUGAGGAAUCUUAGCCAGCCUAUCUUUCAGCACUUUGAUCCCAGGGUAUCGGAACUCUUCUGUCAGUAUGAAUUUCGCGAUACUCAUACGUUGGGGAUGACCCCCAAAAUGUAUCUUCCAAUAUUGAAUGAAGAUCAUUCAAGGCGAAGUGCAUGGGGGGAAGGGCGUUUGUAUAGGUGCCUUGGGUAUUCAGUUCUCAAUGCAUCUCGCCCGACUUCUGAAAGAUUUGCCUCCAUUGAUGAAUAUGUUCGGCGAGGUCAGAGAAUAUCAGCAGAUGUGAUAGAUCUUGGAAACAAUGAAUGGAUCUCAGCAGAGUUAGAAGCACUCCAUGAACGCUUAAAGUCAGCGCAAUUUGCUUUUAACGGUGAACCCACCUCUUCAAGUUACUGGAGAAUGUUUGCUCUUUGUGAGGUAUAUGGCCGAGAAUCUAGGGCUACCAUAAUCCCUGAUGCCGGACAGUUGAGUCGAUUUCUUAGGUUGGGCUAUAUGGGAGAGAGACUGGAAUGGACGGAUAUCCAUCUCUUUGCGCAGGCUCAAGCAGUGCUAUACUCGCUGAGAAUCCUCAAGCAGUUCCUGGAGCUUUCUGUGCCCGUUGAAGGUCUUGUGGCAGAAAUGAUAUCCACACUGGCUGGGCUUCCGCCAUUGCACAUCAUAAUGGGAUCGAUACGAGAGAUGGUACGGCAAUUCCAAACUCCCGCAUCUGUAAGUGAUUUUGUGGAUAAGUUCUUUCGCAUGUUUGAACACGACGCUUGCUUUUGUAUCAAACCAGACCAGGAAGCGGAGGCAGUGGAACAGCUAGAUCCACCACGAAGAGAUAUUACCAGCCCAGCUUCUCAAUGCCUAGCUGGUGGUUCUCAAAGGGCAGUUUCUAACAUGUUUGAACUCCUCGGAUCGGAAUAA